UGCAUAUAUAGGUAUCAAUUGAGCAUUACAAUAUAUCCUCGGGAAAUUUUCAACAUCGCUUAAAAGACAUUAUGUUGCAAUGCUCUCUUCUGAAUCUUCGUGCAGCAGAGCAGAUUCGUGGCAGCAGCAUCCAAACUGAAAUUGCUCAAUGAUUCUUCCUUGGAGUCACUUAUUUCCCAACACGACUCUCCAUAGAAAUAGACAAGGUCCCACUUUUGCAUCGAUUGAGGUCUCACGAUAUCUUCCUCUCCUACAAUUCUCAAAAUGCACACACAAAUUACCAGAUUUGGAGUCCCAGAGAUCGAACUUGGGGACUCGACCGAAACUUUUCCGUUUUUAUUCCCAGACCAUUCGGAACUUUUCGGAGCGAAACCUGCCAAAAGCCGAAGGAAACUAGGUUUAGAAAUAGUCCUGCACAUUGGCCUAAUAUUUCUCUAUUCCAUCACAAGUCUUACGGUCAUCGUCUGGUUCCAUGUUCCUAGUUCUUCACUACAGAGGAAAACCCAUCAUGCUUUACCUGACCUGGCCGUAAAUUACCAUUCGCACCAGUAUUCUCUCAUGCACGAGAGCCCUUUCGUCGGUCCUCCAUCCCCAUCUGUCGAUUCAGCCUGGCACUCCUUACUCUCCAAUAUGAGCAUACGCGUCAGCGAGACGGAGUUAUCUAGCCAUUCUCUCACAUCUGUCGCUUUGCCCAAUGGAGGACAUCUCGCUUGGAUGGGUGUCUUUCAUGAGUUGCAUUGUGUCAAGAUUCUCCAACAAGCUAAUUACCGAGAACACUACCAUCCCAAUGUGCAGGGUCAGGAGCUGAGGAAUUUGCAGGUGCAUGUUGGACAUUGUGUUGAAAUGCUCAGGGCUACCGUUAUGUGCCCGGGCCUGAUUUGCAACACUUACGACUUUUAUUUGGAGGGAAGGAUUGAAAGGUCCGCUACUGGCUCCGGAGAGACCGUACAGACAAUGCGUUGA